AAACCUGGUUUAUUUGAAUUUGUUGUUUUUCUUUAAAAACUUAAUAAAGACCUUUUCAUCAGUCUUUAAGUGAAGUCUCAAACAUUUUUGCAGGCAACCGUAGACUGUAGACAAACAUUGCGCCAGCAUUGUGUGUGUUUGUGAUCUGCACAUUUCAUAUUGCAAUCUCAUCUGUAUGUAGGGCUGGACAAUAUGUGUUAUCACAAUAAAAAAUUUCAUAUCUUUUGAAAUCGAUAAUUAUCACCAUAUGUAUCAAAUCGUUAUUUCUUUCGAGUUUAAAGGCUGAUUUUUGCUCCUGAGUGAAAAAUGAUGGUUAAUUGUGGUUUUAACUCUUCUUUAUGGUCAGCACUUGAUGCCAAACAGUGGAUCUCUUCACAAGUCUGAGGAAGAACCCUCAAAACAAUAAUGAUAAAAUUUUUGUCAACAAAUGUAUGUACUGAUAACGACUUAUUUUCCAGUGAUAUCUGGUUGGUAGUGGUUUUAGAGAUUAAUAGGAGGUUGGUCAUAAAUUAUUCAAUCCAUGCUGUUCACCUGAGAAGUCUGUUCCACAUCGCUGUUACAGGCUUGUGUUCCCCCAGGAGGAUUACCAUAUUCACUGUAGCCUCACUGCAGCCAAACAAUGUUUACGAUUUUGUAUCCUCAUGUAAACUGAAGGUCCGUACGGUUAUUGCUCUUUGACAGUUUACAGUCAUAGAGAAUUGUGCGGUGAGUACAAAUGCUUGUUUGCAUGUUGUUCAAUUUAUUUUAAUAUCUAAUGUUUUAAAACAGUAGGCCUCUGUCUGUAAAAUUUGAUAUCGCACCAGAUAAAUGGAUUCUGUUUUGGAUUUGUUGCACACAGCUGUUUAACCAUUACUUAUAGGGAAUGCGUUUUUAAGGUAGACUAAACUACCUGGACCGUUGUAUCAUUAAAUUUGUUGGUAGUUCUUCAUGUGGGUCCAACAAGGUAUCAGGUUCAUGUCCUGACUGUUGCACUGCACUCCUUGGCAGUGAAUUAACCUCUUAUUUUUAAUUUAACGAUGUUAUGCAAGCUAGCCCUUCUUUUCACCAGAAUAUGAGUUGAUUGCCCUGUAUUUCAACUUCACUAAUUUCUAGUCAUCAUCUUAAUGACAAAGAUAAUACUGUAUUUAGAAGUAAGAAAAUAUUAAGAUGUUUUUCUGUUUUUCCAGAAGUCCUACAUGAAGGAAUUGAUUCACAAAAAUGGAGGCAAGACAGCUGAAAAGAGAUGUUGAGGCCCUUAUUGGUGAUUACAUUGGGCAGAAACUCAGAGAAAAUUCUUUUGAUCCAAAGGGCAAGGGGACCAACACAAUGCUCGACGACCUGGCUCACUAUGACCUUGCCAUUAGUGUUGCCCUUUGGUGGUUGGAUAAAGAAGAGGGACGGGAUGUGCUCGACAGGGACAUCAUCAGAGCAACAGGCAGCUCAGGAAGUUCCCUGUACCCUAAUCGCUUAGAACGAGAGGCUAUGAUCCUGUCAUCCUUUGCCGGGGUAAUUAUGAAUAGCCUGCCAGUGGAGGAAAUCCUGGCUCUGUACAGGUGUAAACCAGCUGCUUCAUACCCCAACCACCAAUCCAAGAGCACAAUCGUCUACCCCUUCACUCUGUCCUACCAUCCGUUUGCCAUGCUCGGCUCUUACAAGGCUGUGCACCACUCCAAGAAGCACAGUCUAAAGUUGAAAAGAUGGCUGUCUGAGAGGAUGAAGGCUAGUGCCCCUCCUGCAAAAGUUUCAGUGCAGUCAUCAUCAUCUUCCUCCUCGUCUCACUCCUUCCUCAGUGACAGCAAUGAUUCCCACGAGGAAAGAGCUGAGCACUAUGAGGGUUCACAAGAGUCUCUGCAGGACUGAAGUCACCCUCCAGCAGCACCUCUUGGUUUUGUCCACAUGAUGGACAUAUGUAUUUCUUC